AUGAAAACGAAUUGCUUGUUCUGUUGUACGUCGGAGAGACGAUCAUCAUCGAGACAAAGCAUCAAAGACUGUGCAAAUACCCAUCUUUCUAGAUCUGACAUCUCUUGUAAAACAGAUAGUAGUAGGAGAAGAUAUAUAUCCGAGGAGAUAGCAAAACUGGGGAGAGGGAACAUCAUCAGUGCUCAGAUAUUUACAUUCAGAGAGCUCUGCGUCGCCACCAAGAACUUUAACCCUGAGAAUCUGCUCGGUGAAGGCGGUUUCGGAAGGGUUUACAAAGGCCACAUAGAAACCAAUGAAAAGGUUGUUGCGGUUAAGAAGCUAGACAGGAAUGGCUACCAAGGGAACAGAGAGUUCCUUGUUGAAGUCAUGAUGUUGAGUCUCUUACAUCAUCAAAACCUUGUCAAUUUGGUUGGUUACUGCGCUGAUGGUGAUCAACGGAUUCUUGUCUACGAAUAUAUGCAAAAUGGCUCAUUAGAAGAUCAUCUUUUCGAAUUGGCGCGGAACAAGAAGAAACCGUUGGAUUGGGACACAAGGAUGAAAGUUGCAGCAGGAGCAGCGAGGGGGCUUGAGUAUCUACACGAAAUAGCUGAUCCUCCCGUGAUCUACAGAGACUUCAAGGCCUCCAACAUAUUGCUUGACGAACAAUUCAACCCAAAGCUUUCGGAUUUCGGUUUAGCCAAAGUCGGUCCGACCGGUGGACAGACUCACGUCUCGACCAGAGUGAUGGGAACGUACGGCUAUUGCGCACCUGAGUAUGCUCUUACAGGACAGCUCACUGUGAAGUCCGAUGUGUACAGCUUCGGAGUCGUGUUCUUGGAGAUGAUCACAGGAAGAAGAGUGAUCGACACGACAAAACCAAGUCAAGAAGAGAAUCUAGUGACUUGGGCGAUUCCGUUGUUUAGAGAUAGGAGAAAGUUCACGCUAAUGGCGGAUCCGUUGCUUGAAGGGAAGUACCCGAUGAUAGGAUUGUAUCAAGCGCUUGCGGUUGCAGCGAUGUGUCUUCAAGAAGAAGCAGCAACGAGACCAAUUAUGAGUGAUGUGGUCAGUGCGCUCGAGUACUUAGCUAUGACCAAACCCAAAUUAGAUGGAGAAGCUGUACAAGACAAGGGGAAUAAUAAUAAACAGAUUAACUAG